AUGCCUAAGCAAAUCCACGAGAUCAAAGAUUUUCUUCUCACUGCUAGAAGGAAGGAUGCACGGUCUGUGAAGAUCAAGAGGAGCAAAGAUGUGGUUAAGUUCAAGGUUCGCUGCUCCAAGUACCUCUACACUCUGUGUGUCUUUGACUCGGAGAAGGCCGACAAGUUAAAGCAAUCCCUUCCUCCAGGUUUGAGUGUGCAAGACCUGUGA